AUCGAUGUUUACCACAAAUAGGAAAUCUUACGAUUUGGAAUAUUUGUGUAUGUAGAAAGCUAGAUGCCGUGUCCUUGUUGUUCAUUCUUUUAUUUCUGCUUACUAUACUUAUAUCGUAAAUAUUAUAAACAAAAAACUAGUUUAUUAAAAAAAGCUUAUAUUGCUAGAAUAAUGUAUUUGUGAGUAAGACACGUAAGCAUCUCAUUCGUUACGUACGACACUAUGUUAUAACGUAUUAUGUAAAGAAUUGGGAUUCUCAGUGCUCACAAACUAAAACUCUGAAAAAAAUGUAUGCCUCCAGAAAGUCUAUAGCUUUAAUAUUUUUCGUUGUUUAGCGCAUAACUGAUGAGGCUGAUCUCAACAAUAAUUUCGUAAAUCAUUCCUAUACGUUUUGCAUUCCACAGCGAGUGCUACUGAUGUGUUAUGACUUAAAAUAUAAUACGAUCAUAAGAAAGUCUAUCCCAACAGAGUGGUGAAAUGCAGUAUCAACGUUGGGUAUUGUAAUUAAAUUAUGCGAUUAACUAUCUAGCUCACUGUGAACAAGAACGUAUAUUGAACCCAAAAACUUAGAAGUAAAGGUACCAGGAAGUCGCUUUAAGUUAGCGGACUAGGUAUGUAAGAGGCUGUUAAACAACUCUUAAGCUGUCUGUGCUUUAUUUUCUUUGCUUUACAAAGAACGUUCCUAAAUAUUAUAGCAUUCCUGAAUAUUGAUUCACAUUUUCCUAGUCGCAUACCCAGGACACGAUUUUCAUAGCGCUGGCCAGUUGAAGCGUACUGGCAUCUUCUGAUCAGACACAAUGGGCUCGCAGUUCUUGGAGAUUCUUCGGCAGGGUGUAUGGGCUUCUCUGACAGGCGGAUGGUUCUUCGACCCCCGCCAGGGCCACGCAGCGAAUCUGCUACAUCUCUAUCUCUGGCUUCUUCUUAUCGCUUUGCCGUUUUGCCUUUACAUGUUCGCAUCUUCAAUGGGCUUCGCGUUAUGGGCAGCGUAUGUGGCAUUAGUCGCAGUUCUAUUUACCUCAUUGAAAGUUCUAAAUCUUCGACUUCAUCGGCUGUUCGACACUGGAGAGGCCAUGCAGGAGGCCCCAUCGGUUGACGGAGAUCGCCACCCUGGCGGGGGCCACGGCGCACAUCAUGGUUCCCGCGAUCGUGCGGUCGAGCUAGAGUUGUUGGCGCCCCGUCCAGACGGUGAAACACCUCCAGUGCAAUGUUCGUCAAGGAAUUCUCUUGCAAAUCUUACCACCCGAGUGGAUUCUAUUGAAUUCAUCUCGCUCAACACAAGAGAUAACAACAGCUUUGACCUCGCGGUUCAGUUGGCCAGAGGAAGUUCCGGUGCGUCCUCCGUCGGCUCGCGACGUUCUUCUUCUGUUCGAAGAGAGCCGGAACGAAGUAAUGUGGGCGGUGGCGCAUGCGGGAUCUCAACACAGAGCGUUCGCAGUAGUAAUCUCAGCCAAAAAUCCGCAUUAAGCCCAGACAGUCAUCGAAAACUGCUUCUCGUACAGCAAUAUCAACAGCAAUUACAUCUGAAUACAGAUACAGCGAGCACAUGCGGAGUAGUCUCUGCACUUUCUGGCGGAAUGUCAGGCAGCGUUAUGGAUGAGCAGCCCUCACAGGCUAGUGCUGUGCUCAGUGGGGAUACCACAACGUCUUUAUCGUCAACAACCAGCCUCCAACAACAGGCGUUGCCAUCUUCAAUAGGCACUAAUAGCAAUGGAACAAAUCCUUCAGCUAGUGUCGGAGUCGUCGCCGGAAUUGGUGGACAUCACGGCGGAGCCUUUGGCUGCCAUUUUAGCCCUGCUCUUCAAGCUACCUCGGCGGAUCCUUUUAUGAAGUCACCGUUGACGGCAGGCAGUGUCGAACUUGGAUUUAUGUCACAGGACCCGAGCGUUGCAAGGGCGCGUACUCAGAUUGCAGCUGGUUCAGGCGUAGCUGGUGGCAGUAUGAGAACCGAGGGACGCCAACCUGUACGGCGCGCUCACUCAGAAAUGGAGACUUCAGCAUCGGGUGGUCCUGGCGUAGGAGGGAGCCCCGGAGGCGGUGUUAGGACUGGCCAGCCUCCGUCACAUCCGGUUUCCCUCGAGGCUAUCUCGUCUCAGCCUCCGCCGCCGGGGGCAAUUCCUAGAAGGUCGAUGGAUUACAUUCGAAAGGGACUCUCGGAAGAAACUAUCCAGGAGGAUGAUCCUGCUGGUGCUGGCGGCAGUGGUAUACCAAGUCCGAUCACUCUAACGGAAACGUCGAAAGGAAGCCCUGACACAACUCAUAAGAAGAAAGGAAAAGAAAAACAACAGAGUCUUUCAAGUCCUGCGACGGCUGAGCGCCAAAAGAAGAAACAACGCCGGAAGAGGCGUAGCGGAACCCUUGGCACUCCUGACGUAGUGCAUUUGACACCAACACAGCAGCAGGGUCAACAGCAACAGCAGCAAACCCCUAACGGCACAACCUCAGAUACCUCUCAUCAUCACCAAAUGUCGGUGGAUACUGUGCCACUUGAUCAGCAGCCAUUCGCUAGCGAGCAGAACACGACAACGACAGAUGACAGUUCUGAAACACACUCGGAGCGAAGUAGCACAAAUUUCUCCGUAAUCUAUAACCCUUCGACGCCAAAAAGCGGGACAACUACACAGAGCAAUAAUAUUAGUAACACCGAAUAUGGAAAGGAAGUGAGUAGACCUGGUACGGCAGUAGGAAUCAGUGCAGCUGACGAAACUGGGGAUGCAAGAAGACAACGAUUGGUUUCGGGUAGUCAUUUACAACGGGAUGCUCAAGAAGGCAGCUUCGAAUGGUCAUUCGGUGACCCUGUCGCCACUCCGUCCCGAGAAGACGACGUGCAAAGCUCUAGCUCAUCAACUUCACCAGAUGAGAGUACACCAUCCUUGAAGCAGAGCACAGCUUCUCGUCAAGGAUCGCAGGAGUCACGGGAGCCAUCGGGGUCCUCUGGGGGCGGAGGCGACGCGUGGCAGCGCAGCCAAAUCCGCCGGCGUCUUCUCGAAAUUCUUUCUAAAGACGAUUUAGUAUCAAGCAGAGAUCUACAGAAGCUUAAACAGGAGCUGAUCUCACUUGGGACAUUGGCUGACUCUGAUGAGGGCGAGGGAGAUUGGUCAGAUGGUGGAGGUACAGCUGUUGUACAAUCACCUCUUCAAGGUACAAGCACUGUGAGUGCAAUGGUAGCGAAGGAAGGGGGCAUCUCAGGCCGACGAUCUACUAGAGUAGAGCCUACAGAUAGUUUAGGAUCAUCCACAAGUCGGAAGUCAUCAGCAGAAGGUGGUGCAGUAGGUGGUGGAAAAAGUAGUGACACACCCGAACAGCAGUCCAUAGGUUCCCCAGACACGGCUGGCGGGGGUGGUCCAUCAAACGUGACUUCAGGAGGAGAUUCCGUGUCGCCUCCAUCAUAUUUACUCGCUUCGAUGCUGUCUACGCCGGGUACCCACUUGGCACGUAGCCAUGAUGACACAUCACCUGGGGCAGUUCAUUGUUUUCGUGACGAAGAUGGCAAUUGGCAGGCCUACACCUUUAACGAAAGUGGCAAGGCUUCUUCCCCACGCACGUAUGUCACCCACCAGCAACAGCAUCAGCAACAGAAGCAUAUGCAUUUAAGACCACCAAAGACGAAGCUACCAGGAGAUGUCGAAGGAGGCAGUGUGAGUGGUGUAGGACGACCGUGGGACACAGUGUCACAGGCGUCGUCUUCAUCGGGCGCUACGCUGAUGGUUGCCGGGGCUGGAAGCGGCAUAGGGGGUCCUUCGUCGUUAAGUGGCGGCGGACAUCGGACUCCCGGGGACUCUACUGAAGGAUCGAUUUGUCCCUUGGGAAACUCCGCUUUGGUAGGCGUUUCGCAUUCCCUUGAUCCCCUAGCAGGCCGACGUCAACAAGUAAUUCCUAGUUCGUUUGAUGGAAGUUCCACAUCGAGACACCGCCAGCCACACACGUCUCAGGGCAAUCAUCAACAACAAACAAACGAUUAUUUCUACGUUUUACAGCCACAUAUGCCGGCAAAUCCAGGGUUAUUCCGAAGUAGCCGUUUCCAGUUUAGUGGAGAUGGUGUCACCGUCGGAGGGGCAUCUUUGUCAUUCUUAAAUCCUCGAGGAAUUCUGUCUCAUCCUUCGGGAGGCCUCGAUCAACCAAGUGUUUUAGAUCCCGCACCACCUAGACCGCGUCAAUACUACCUGUUCCACAUAUUACCGUGGUCUAAAGGGUUAAGAGUAAAGGUUUCCUUUGACCGCUUGACACUUCUCGCCGUCCUCGAUAGAAAUAUAACCCUGUUGGAAAACUUUGCUUCAGUCACUCUCGCUGUUUUAGUCGCUCUUCUCGGUGCGCUGUGCUUACAAAAGGGCCUUUUCGUAGAGCUGAGUUCAAUCGCGUUCUGCUUCGUGAUGGCAUCCUGUCAGUACAGCCUUCUCAAAAGUGUUCAGCCUGAUGCUGCAUCACCAACGCACGGUUAUAAUCAUCUAGUAUUGUACAGUCGCCCGGUGUACUUUUGUUUGUGCUGCACAGCAUUACUAACCAGUCAGCGGAUUUUGGAAGCGAAUAUCCCUUACCCGAAUAUAGCUGUCUACAACUGGCGCCUUUUUACACCAGGAGGCGUGGCCGCACUAAAGAACUUUCUCAUUAUAUUCGUGUUAAGUUUUCCGGUGCUAUUUAGCGUGGGUCUUCUGCCACAAGUAAACACAUUUGUAACAUACCUCUGCGAACAGAUUGACAUGCAUAUAUUUGGUGGUGCUGCAACUACAGGUCCUGUGUCUGCCGUGUACUGCCUCAGCAGAAGCCUCGCGUUAACUGGAAUACUCUUUGGCCUAUGUUACACUUCACUGCUGGAUAAUCAAAAUCCAGCAAAUAAUAUCGCGUUCUCCGUGUUCUGCGGACUUCUCGUCACGACAUCAUAUCACCUAUCGCGAAGUCAGAGUGACCCGACCGUGUUAGCACGGCUCAUCACAGGCGCGCUCCGAAGAACAGAAAAAUCGACUACAUCGAACAGACCAAAGAGGCGGAGUAAUGCACCAGCUAUAGACUCAUCCAGUGCUAAACAACAGGAAAAUAAUGGAAAUGGUAGAUCUGCAGAAAUAAUUGUGGCCGGUGACAACGACCUCCGUUCCGGGAAUGCCAUAAUAACGACAGCACAACCUGAUGAACCAGGCAUAACAGUGUCCGCUGGCGGAACUAUCAGUACAACUGCAGGAACCUCUGAGGGUGUGGCCACUGCAACCGAAGCAACGGAAGCUUGGAAACACCAUGAAUUUGUCGAUCCGCUUCCCCAGCAAAUGAGGGACACAGUGCUGGCUCGUCUGAAAACGGACGCAAUUCAAGUAGCUUUACUAUCUGUGUUUGUAUUCGCUCUCCACGUGUCAACGAUGUUCACAGUGCUACAGCCGUACCUUGCGCGAGGACUUCAUUUUUUGGCUCUGAUUUGGGGCUUCAUUCUUCAUUAUCUAUUGCCACAGGCACGAAAACAUCUACCGUGGCUUUGUUGUGCUGCACCAUUUCUUAAGUCGCGGGAACACAAUAUGUACGAAAGUACCGAGCCAGCACACGUAAUGUGGUUCGAGCGUGUUCAAGUGAUUAUGUGGUUCAUUGAGAAGAAUGCCCUUUAUCCCUUGGUGGUGCUCAGCGCCUUGACUGUUUCGCUUGCGCCGCUGAUUGAACAGUUCGGUCUGCCUAUUGGGAGUAUGGUAUUGGUCGUAUGCUCAAUGCGCUGUCUUCGAGGGGCGUUCACUGAUGCCUCAUGGCACUUCGUGGCGCUAGCCUUCACACUGCUUAUCUUCAGAUUCGACUUUCAGGGAAAAUACAGGGAGCCGAUCCUUGUUAAUUUAUAUGUUAUGCUUCUAGCCACCAACAAACUGUACGAACUGCUGUUAAAGUUACGAUUCGUGAUCACAUAUAUAGCCCCUUGGCAGAUCACAUGGGGUUCGGCAUUUCAUGCCUUUGCCCAACCAUUCUCAGUGCCACAUUCAGCUAUGCUUUUUAUUCAGGCCAUUGUUUCUUCGGCGUUAUCAGCUCCUUUGUCUCCAGUUUUGGGCAGUGCUAUCUUCUUCACGAGUUACGUGAGGCCGAUCAAAUUCUGGGAGCGGGAUUACAAUACAAAACGUGUAGAUCACUCGAACACUCGGCUGUCAUCUCAGUUGGAACGUAAUCCUGGUGGCUCGGACGACAAUAACCUAAAUUCCAUCUUCUAUGAGCAUCUGACCCGUUCUCUGCAGAAGUCACUUUAUGGAGAUUUAGCUCUUGGCAGAUGGGGUGCAGUAUCGCAGGGGGACUGUUUUGUGCUAGCUUCUGACAACUUAAACUGUCUGGUACACAUUGUAGAACUUGCUAAUGGACUGGUCACAUUUCAGCUGCGUGGACUGGAGUUCAGAGGCACAUACUGUCAACAGCGCGAAGUAGAGGCUAUGAUGGAAGAAGUGCGGGACAAUGUUGGAUGCUGUUGCUGUGAGCCCGGCCAUUUACCCGGAAUGCUCUCAGCAAAUGCCGCGUUCAAUCAGAGAUGGCUCGCGUGGGAGGUGUCAGCCGCCAAAUACAUUCUCGAGGGGUACUCCAUUUCAGAUAACUCGGCCGUUCCUCUACUUCAGGUGUUCGAACUACGCCGUGCGUUGAUGACGUACUAUGUCAAAGCUGUGAUUUUCUAUGCUGUAACAAGUACAAAACUGGAAGGGUGGCUUUCGAACCAAAGCAUUCUUGAGGCUCUCAUGCCUACCCUGGACAAACAUUACGCCGAACUUGAUCCUGUUUUCACGGUAAACAACGAUGAUGAUUAUGACUGUCGAGUCACAGGAAUCUCGCGGAACAGCUUCUGCAAGAUGUACCUUACAUGGAUUCAAUAUUGUUUACAACGGGUAGCAAGCACUAAACCUGCAUUCGCAUCCACCAUUGCCGCGGAUAAAUGCUCGCCGUUGGUAUCGCUUUGCUUUGCAUUAAGCGUUUUGGCCCGACGUGCCCUUGGCUCCGCCUCACAUAACACCCUUCAGUCUGUCGAUUAUCUGCUGUUCGGACUGCACGCUCUUUUCAAGGGAGAUAUCCGCAUCGCCUGCGUACGAGAUGAAUGGGUCUUUCAUGACAUGGAUCUCAUCAACAAGGUCGUUGCUCCGGCUGUACGGAUGGCAUUCAAACUUCAUCAAGAUCAUUUUAUGUCUUCCGAGGGACUUGAAAAGUCAAAAGAUCUUUUCGACGCUAUCGAAAAGUACACAGCAACAUUAGUAAUAUCGCACGAAGCAGAUCCUGCCUGGCGAAACGCGGUUCUGUCGAGCGUUCAGUCACUUCUUGCUUUAAGGCACGUGGCCGAUGAGAAUUCAGAUGACUACAAGAUUAUUACACUGAACAAACGAUUCCUUGACUUCAGAGUCAUCAAGGUAAAUCGUGAAUGCGUCCGAGGCCUUUGGGCGGGCCAGCAACAAGAAUUGGUCUACUUGCGUAAUCGUAACCCUGAACGAGGUUCGAUUCAGAACGCUAAACAGGCAUUAAGAAACAUCAUAAAUUCAUCAUGCGACCAGCCGAUCGGCUAUCCUAUUUAUGUAUCGCCUUUGACAACGUCGUUUGCUGAAACCUCCACCCAGCUGUGUCAGUUAAUUGGAGGUGCGUUAUCUCUGUCUUUAUUCCGGCAGUCCGUGUGCGACUUUUUCUCUCGAUUGAAGAUUCGUUGUGGGGAAGGCUGCUCGAGCGGAGGCACUGGGCGACAGGAUGAAGGUUGUCCCGGAGGCUAUUCCGCCCCUGCGUCCCUAAGUGGAAGUAUUGCUAGAGGAGUGGACCCAAGCUGCGUAGGAGGCGUUUCAAUGUCCGCUGUUGGCGGUCCUGCAUUGGGGGCUGCUGGGGGACAGGUUGGUAACUCCCAAAUAAAUGUACCUCCGCGCCGCAGUCAUUCAUCAGGGUCUCAUCUAACAAAUCCACCAGAUUUAGGAUGCGCAUCGGCUGCGUUGUCAGGUCUGGCUUUAAGUGGUGGUGGAGGUCGCACCGCGUCAGUCUCAUCAUCAACUAUUGGAACAAGCACUGCUCUAGUGGGCGCAGGUGCCAGCAGUCUUGGCACGAAUUCUGCAUCGUACGUUCGAACCUCGCUCGGUAACCUUACCUUGUCAUCGCUCACUAAACCGGGUCCAACAAACGUCACCGUGGUCUCUAUGAGGCCAUUCGGUGAAACGCCAUUUGUGAUCGGCGAAAGUGCCGGUUCCCGAAGCACCGUCUUCGGAACGUGGGAUCCGCAAACCGGACAGUUGGUUCCAGCCCCUGCUUCGGCCCCUCAUCAUACCUUGCCUGUUACACCUGUAACCGUCACAGCGACUGUGACUACAGUAACAGCACCCGCAUCCGCCACAACAGCUUCAACAGGAGUCACGACAACGAUGAUAACCACGACGACCACGUCACCUCCAUGCAGCAUCUCAGGCGUUUCCAUAGGGUCUGCAAGUGUUGCAUCGGCCGCAGCUGCUAGUGCCCCCAUAGCUACGUCAAACAGCGGCGGUACUGGCAACUGUACGGAAACAACAGUGUUGUAGCAGAGGACCAGACCCGCUUCGCAAAGCGUGGCGUCGUUAUCAUUAAAUGCAAUCAAAAGCAUCAGUGGUAAUAGCCAAACCAAUGGGCAUGAGACCACUGGCCAGGGGUUGGUAGAGCAUCCGCUGAUGAGCCUCGUCAGCUUCGUUUCGCUUACGGAAGGUCCUUCCACUCCGUUAGAGAAGCGUGGCGAAGGCGCUCGCAGGCAUAGCUGUGCCACCACAGUUCAAUGCAGCUCACCACGUGGACGACAAUUCGCUUUAAAUCAUCAGUAUAGCCAAGAAUGUGUUUGGCGCCAAAAGUCGUAUAGCAACAAAAAGAACAGCAUGGACAAUUUGCCCGAGCCGGAGUGGUGCUGAUUUUCGCCGAUUUCUUCCCAUUGUAUUGGCCAUGGAUAAAACUAGUUGUCACCUCAUUAUUAAAAGAGAGUAUAGGCGAUUUAGGCAAUCUACCAAUAAACCCCACUUACUUGUUGUUUUCGUUCUCAUGACAAUACGUUUUAGGCAAAUGCCGUCAGAAUAGCGGCAGUGGCGCGAGCAAAAACCUGAGUAACGACGAUGCAACAACGCGAUAAAUUGAUUGACUCAUCUUAAAUAUUGUUAACUGUUAACUGUGCCACAAAAAAAACUUCGAGUAGUGAUAAUAAUUUGUCAAUCUUGUAUACAUAUAAUCAGUUUAGACCGCGUAGGA